AUGGCACAUUCAACGAUAAUUGCAAUAGCAUCUAUGCAGGAACAGGCAAUAGUGAAUGUUGGCCACGCACAAACUCAAUAUGAUGAGAACCCUACAGAUGAUAAUCUUAAACGUCUUAACGACGCUAUGAUAGCUCAGAUAAGCUCUGAUGCUGAGGACGAGAAUGGUGAAGAAGCUGAGGGCGGGCAGGCAAAUACUGAGAGUGGAGAUGAGACUGGAGCAGGUGCUGAGAAGAAAGAUGAGCAUGAUGAUUCUGAGGGAGCAGAUGCUGAGAAGAAAGAUGAGGAUGAUGAUUCUGAGGGAGCAGAUGCUGAGGAUUCAGAGGAUAAAGAUGAUUGA